AUGUUUGGAUUUGGCGGGCGAGCAGCGCCUGCACGGGUCGCCACAGACUGCGUGGUGCCCGUGGGGUUCUUCGACAAUACCAUCAUCUUCCGCACGCUUGUCCUAUACACCCUCUUUGCAUUCGACGAUGUACUGGAUCCGUACAGGCUGCGCACGUCGCUCGCGCGUGUGGUCGCGCAGCCUGGGUGGAACAAGCUGGGUGCGCGUGUGCGCAGAAAUACAUCCGGUGAUCUUGACCACCACAUCUUCUUGUCGUACUCCGAAGAGCGUCCUGCCAUCGGAUACGACCAUCUAGACCUGGGUGAUGGGAACUUGGAGGACCAUCCCGCAGCAUCACACAUUCCAAAGCCAUCUCAUGACAGCCACUCAACCGUUGUGAGCGACCCCGACAAGCUGGUGGACCUCUACUCGAGCCCUGGUAUCCCCAAAGGCCUCGACGACUACAUAUACUCGGACAGGCCUGAGCUUGGGCUGCGGGUGGUUUCGUUCAAGAACAAGACCAUUGUGGUCCUCCACUGGAUUCAUCGCAUGCUGCUACAGAGGCCGGUCAAGAGGAUGUACCUUUCAUCUCCGAGGGCGACGUGCUGCUGGCCUGGACGCGUCAUCCAGGCCAUGACAGCCAGCCUGUCGCGGGACUCGGAGACGACCAUCGCCGUCCAGCAGGCGUACCAAUUCCGACCUGUGCUCAAGGACCUAAAUCCCGUGGGCCGGCCGUUCCUCAGCAACUGCGUCAGUUUCCUAGUCUCCUUGAUGCCUGCGAAAGACGUUACCCUGAAACCGCUGAGCCACUUGGCGUCGAGCAUCCGUCACUUGAUCAAGGAGCAGGGCAUACGCGAGCAGGUCGAGGCGUACACGUCCCUCGUCCGCGAGGACCCAGCCAACCACGCACCUCCCUUCUUUGGCGAGAGCGGGAUGCAGCUCAUCAUGUUCUCCAACUGGUCAAAGUCCAACCUGUUUGCCACCGAUUUGUCCGCGGCAGCGGCGAAGUCCCGGAGUGAGCCUUUGUGUUCGUCCUAUUUGCAGAGCGUGCAGGGGCCGUGUAACUUCAACGACGGCAUUAUUGUCGUUGGCAAGGACAUGCAGGGCAAUCAUUGGCUGUCAGGAUACAGAGCUUGGGGCCUCUGGGGCCUCAUGGAGGAGGAGAUUGCCAGGCAAAGGACGCAAUUGAUGGUUUGA